AUGAGUAAGAACAGAGACCCUUUACUAGCUAAUUUGAACGCUUUCAAAAGCAAAGUGAAGUCGGCCCCAGUAAUAGCACCCGCUAAAGUGGGACAGAAGAAGAGUAAUGACACUGUGAUUACUAUAGAUGGAAGCACCAGAAAGAGGACGGCUUCUGAACGUGCACUAGAAAAUUCUUUGAAUUCUGCCAAGAAUCCUAUAUUAGCAGAUAUCAAGAAGGAAGCUGGAAGCAAUAGUUCUAAUGCUAUUUCAUUAGAUGAUGACGAUGAAGACGACGACGAUUUUAGCAGCUCUCCUUCUAAGAAGGUAAGGCCCGGUUCGAUUGCAGCAGCAGCUUUACAGGCCAAUCAAACAGACAUUUCCAAGAGCCAUGAUUCUUCCAAGCUUCUUUGGGCCACUGAAUAUAUUCAAAAGAAAGGUAAACCCGUGUUGGUCAAUGAGUUGCUGGACUACUUAUCGAUGAAAAAAGAUGACAAAGUUAUUGAACUUUUGAAAAAGCUGGACAGGAUCGAAUUUGAUGCCAAGAAGGGGUCUUUCAAGUAUCUCUCUACUUAUGAUGUUCAUUCCCCUUCGGAACUGCUGAAAUUAUUGCGUUCACAAGUAACGUUUAAAGGUAUUUCCUGCAAGGAUUUGAAAGAUGGUUGGCCACAAUGUGAUGAAACAAUCAACCAACUAGAGGAGGAUAGUAAGAUCUUAGUGCUAAGAACCAAGAAGGAUAAGACUCCGAGAUAUGUUUGGUAUAAUAGCGGUGGGAAUUUGAAAUGUAUUGAUGAGGAGUUUGUUAAAAUGUGGGAGAACGUCCAAUUACCGCAAUUUGCAGAAUUACCAAGGAAGCUGCAAGAUCUGGGUUUAAAACCUGCUAGUGUCGAUCCUGCAACUAUCAAGAGACAGACAAAGAGAGUCGAAGUUAAGAAGAAGAGACAAAGAAAAGGUAAGAUUACUAACACUCACAUGACUGGUAUCUUAAAAGAUUACUCUCAUAGAGUAUGA